AUGGCAGCCUCUUCGUCUUCGACCAAGGUCGUAGAACUUGGCUUCGCCGAGCCACUGGAAGAAUCUCGAAAACUCGAACGAUUUCCAUGUAAAAUCGGCGGAAGACCGGUAGAUAUGGUGAUACUUUUUGAAAGAGCGAACAAUCUUCUAAUUCGUUUUGCAUUCUUGAAAAUCUUAAAGGCGUGGUUAAACCCCGAGCAUAUCCUGUCCGUCGAACAAGUCACUUGCGGUGUCUGUGAGACAUGCAUGAUUCUUUUGGUUCAGCUUUACGCUCCGGAAGAUCAUCCUCCCGAAGCUUUUCAUCGUACCAUUUACGUUUUUUGCUGCAAAAAUGGAGCCUGUCAUAAAACUUCAUGGCGAAAGAGUCAAAUGCCAAACGAAAAUCCGUAUUGGCCGCCAUCUGCUGCUGAAAGCGAGGAUAACGAUGAAAACGACUCGCUCGAUGGCAAAAGGAUCGAUCUAUUGGACGAGUCAAGUAAUAUAUUUUCGAACAAUUUUACAGCCGCCAAACAAUGUGUUGUUUGUGGUCUUCUUGGUUCCAAGAGAUGUGGGAAAUGUCAUCGAACCUAUUACUGUUCAAAGGAACACCAAACCGUUCAUUGGACGAUUGGACAGCAUAGAAUUCAUUGUAAUAAUGAUAAUGCAGAUUCUUCUUCGUCGAUGGAGGAAUACGACAACCUUUGUAGAAAGUCAAUUUUAUUCCCGGAAUUUGAAAUUGUUUCCGAGCUUGAGGAGAAUAUGGAUAAACAUGACGAAAAUAGGAUGGAUGACGAUGCAUUUCGUAAGAAAGAAGGGAAUUCGAGGGCUCUCGUUCCUGUCGGCGACGAGAUUUAUGAAAACACCCAAGUUAGUGUGGACAAAGCUUUCCUAAAAUUUCAAAAGAAAGUCAGACCCUAUCCGGACCAGGUGUUAAGGUACGCUAGGUUAAAUUAUGAGAAUGAGAAUGCUGACCCAUUGUGGGUUAGUGACAUCGGCAAACCGACUCCCGAGGAUAUACCUCCAUGUUCACACUGUAACCAAGAGAGAACCUUUGAAUUUCAGGUGGCUUAUUUUUACUUUUAG